AUGACCGACAGCAAGGUUUCAUCACGGGACCAGGGACAUGAUGCUGUCAUCCAACGGCGUUCGCGAGCUGUUGCCGAGCAACUUGCUGAACAAGAAAGUUGGUUGGAGAAGACCUUGAAGCCCAAGAAGGUUUCGGCGAGAUAUCCCUUCAAAGGGAAGCCAUUGCUAUACGCCACUUGUGCUUUCGGCAGCCUGGGGGAUGCACUAUUUGGUUACAAUUCAGGAAUUAUGUCCGGUCUGUUGGUCAACCCCGUGUUUGUAAGCCGGUUCUUCAAGGACUACGGUGGUGGGGACGGGACAACGUCUGCAGUCAAUUCGUCCAUCACCGGAAUCUCCGUUGCGUGCUUACAAGCGUCGGCAGCUGUUGGUGCUCUGAUUGCAGGUCGUCUAGGUGAUAUCGUGGGACGGAAGAAGUGCGUCCGUCUCGGCGGUUUCAUCUACUUCUUCAGUGCAUUCAUCCAGAUGUUUGCGCCUGGGUUCGCUACUUUUCUUGCCGGUCGAACAAUUCAGGGCCUUGGUGUUGGGUUUCUUUCCAUGACGGUGCCGAUCAUUCAGACGGAAAUCGCGUCCCCGCAUAGCCGAGGUCUGAUGGUCGGUAUCGAAUAUACGAUUUUGAUUGCAGGUUACAUGCUCAGUUGCUGGGUUGAUUAUGGGUUCAAUUUUAUGCUGCCAAGUGAAAUGUCAUGGAAGGGUCCAUUCAUCGUGCAGAUAGGACUUUCAUUCAUCCUGCUCGCGAUGUCGUUUUUCCUUCCAGAGACACCACGUUGGUUGGCGAAGAAUGGCUUUAUGGAGGAGAGUCUACAGACUGUUGCUGAUCUCCAUGCCAAUGGUGAUACGCAGGCUGAGCACGUACAACAAGUUUUCACCGAAAUUCAAGAAGCCGUCAUCUACGAGACGAAUCUCGGCAAAUCUACUUGGACGGAAAUGUUCACGCGCUAUCGAAAACGGACGAUCGUUGGCAUCACUGUCCAGAUGUUUGCCCAACUGAACGGAAUCAAUAUCAUCUCCUUCUAUCUCCCGAGUACUCUCGCCUCGGCUGGGUUUGACAACAGGAAAUCUCUUCUCUUUACUGCCGCCAAUGCAAUUCCCUACACAGCUGCCACCAUUGCUACUUGGUGGCUAGCAGAUAAAUGGGGCCGAAAGCCUCUAUUAAUCUUAGGAGGUCUUGGCAUGGCAGUACUCCUCGGCAUCGUCUGCGCCUUCACCGAAGCCUCGCUCCCCGUUCAAACCAAAGCUGAUGGACAAUACGCCUUCGUCAUGCUCUACAAUAUCGUCUAUGGCUUUACCUGGGGCCCCAUGCCUUGGCUUCUGCCCGCCGAGAUCUUCCCCCUCCGCGGACGCAGUAAAGGAAUGGCGUUGGCGACUACGAGCAACUGGGUCUUCAACUUCAUUAUCGGCAUGGUCUCGCCUGAUGCGUUUUCCGGGAUUCAUGGGUACUUCUAUCUUAUUAUCGCGGGAUUCUGUCUGUUUUCGGCCGGACUGGUAUAUUUCUAUUAUGUGGAAACGGCGAACAGUAGCCUCGAAGAGAUUGCGGCGCUAUUUGGCGAUAGAGCGUUUGAGGAUGAGGCCGUUGUAGGAGGGCAUAUUGAUGAGGUGAGGAAGGAUGAGGGGAAGGAGGUUGUUUGA